AUGUCAAUAAAAAGUGAGAUAUCACAGAGUCAAGAAGAGGAGAGAUUUAGCAAUAAACCUAAUUAGUAAGAGACUCUCAAAGAGGUAUUCUCAGAUAUCAAAGGUACUCUCCCAGACUAUGAGAAAAGUGCUCCUAAUAUCGCUUUGGCAAACAAUAAUAACUACAAUAACAACCUAAUCAACUCUUCAAGCCAAGUUAAGUCUUCUUCAAAUAAUCAAAUGCGUGAAAUUCUGCUGGAAAAAGAGAAUUAAAAUCAGAAACUUAGAGAAAUAAACAAUCAACUUAAAGAUAAAAUCUAGAAGCUCUCACAGGCUUUAGAUAUAUCACUUGCUAAUCAGAGAUCAUACCAAGAUAGCAGUAUUAGAUAAUAGCAGUAGAAUAUUAUUGGUUCGGAAAAUCAAUAGGCUAAGCCAUAGAGAGAAGUAAUGUAAAAGAAUCUAAAACUUAAAGAGAAGGAAAUACAGGCCUAUGCGACAAUUAUUGCCUCAUUGAAGAAAUAGAAUGAGUAACUGAAAUCCAAACUUGAGCAUAAGGAGGGAAUGAAUAGAGUUCUAGACUUAGAAGAUAAACUGAAGGAAUCUGAGAGACAGAGAGCAGAGCUUUAAAAGGAAGUUAAGAGUAUGCAGAGGAUUCAACAGGAUUAGGGCAAAGCUCUAGAUAAAUUAGUAAAUGAGGGAGAUUACCCUAAUAAAAUAAAGAGUUUGAUGGAGUAACUGAAGCUAGCCAAGGAAAAAAUUAGAGAAUUAGAAGAUAAGUCAAGGAAAGAUGAUAAGAAUUCCUUGCAAGUGCAGGACUAUUUGAUCAAACUUGAAGAGCAGAACAGGGAAUUGAAAAAUAAAAUGAAGAGCAAGUAAGUGAAUGCAAAUCAGGGAUAAAGCAUGAUCACAGAAUUGAAUCAAAAUGAGAGCAGUGCUUAGAUCAAUUAGCAGUAGUAGUAGGUAACCUCAAAUAGUCAUAAUUAAAAUGGGGUAGUGGCUUUCUCAGACAACAGUUAAGUGGAGGAGUUAUAGAGAAUUAAUGCUAUUUUAAUGAGAGCGAAGGAGGUUCAAUAUAAAAAGGGUUAGUAUUUAAAGCUUAAAUUUGAGAAGAAGUAAGAGAAAUUCAAUGCAAUAAUUGAGCAACUUAAUAAUAAGGUCACAGAGCAGGACAAGAGUUAUCUUGAAAUAGAAAACAUGAUUUAAAAUAGACAAGUCUAAAAUAAAAGUGGGAAAAUUAAUGAGCAAUAUACUAAAAUGAGAGAAAUUACCGAGAAAUAUAGUAAACUUCCGUUGAAGCCAGGUUUCGGAAAUGGAACCAAAUUGAAUUCUCGGUUGAAUAACUUAUCAAUCGAUGUAAACUCAAAUGAAUUCAAAUCAAACCAAAUGACUCUUAUCCCUAUAUAGUAAAAUGGCGAUGCCACUAAUCGAACUGUAGUUGCAGGCUCAAGUAUUGGAGUAAAAUCUACUUAAAAUCGAAGUAAGUCUAUUGAUCCAACAGCUAAAAGACUAGCAAAAAUACCAUAAACCACAAGAAAGACUAAAAUCGGAGGACAAAACUUGUAGAAUUUAAAAGGUGCGAUUUAUGAAGAUAUGAAUGGAAACUUGAUAUAAGAUAUAGAGUUGAAUACAAGUGAGAUUUAACUAGAGUCAAGCAAGUAAAAACUUAACCCGCCAUCUAAUUUAUUAAGUCCUCAUGAGUUUGAGAAAGUUGAUGAUUUCUCUGAUAGGAAGAUAAGAGAUUUAGAAAAAGAAACAGAUGAGCUUUUAGCAAGGUUCCAGGCGUAAAACCAGACAUACGGAGAAUAAAGCAAUUAGAUUAUUGAGACUUCUCUAAAUUAUGAUGCAUUCUAAAACUUAGACGGAGAUAUAAGUAAACUUAACGAUGAUAUGCAAGAUGAAGAUAUAAACCAACUUAUGAAUGAAUAUUAAUGA